AUGCCGUUCACCUACGCGAAAGUAAGCAGCGAAAGCUCUUCUCACGACGAUACACUUGAGCAACAGCAAACCCAUCCUGGACCUGGCUGGAGAGCAAGGUUUUCUAGGUUUCUCGACAAAUUGGAAGUUCUCAGAUGGCCCGCCACGUUUGUCUUCCUACUGAUCAUCCUUGUUUGCGAACUGUCCAUUCUACAUAAACAGUCGAGUUCGAUGCAAAUCGGAGGAGAGCUCAACGGGCUUAUACCAAACUUUUCCCAGGAGAAGAAAAUCUUCCGCACAGAUACAAGAUAUACCUCAGACCACAAGACUGUGGAGUCAAUGAAUGCUAGCAGGAUGGCCUGGAUGGACCUCAUGCCUCGCGGCGCUGGCUUCAUGGACAUACCCAACUACGCAUCCUACUCUCUGCCCCCGCCCAUGCAUUUUGACUAUGCUCCCGGUAGGCAGUCUUACGCCAUUGCCGUGUUUCACGAACUGCACUGCCUCUACCAUAUGACAGAGUUUGUUGACGAGCUCGUGAUGAAGAUCCGCAACAAGGACUGGACUGUGAAUGAGGGUCUGCUUGGGCACAACGAUCAUUGCUUCAACUACUUGCGGAAUACGAUCAUGUGCGCCGCCGAUACGACGCUAGAGGGGCAGAGCCAGGAAGAUAUGUUCAAGGAUGUGGCAGGUACGGAUGGCACAGGAGCGGUCCAUCUUUGCCGUAAUUAUGACGAGGUGUUCGCUUGGGCUGAUAAGCAUAGGCUCACGGACGAGAAGCUUGCUGUAUGA